AUGCGUUUCUCCAUCGCUGCUCUUGCUCUCUUCGCUGGUGCCUCCGUUGCCCAGAUCACCGUCACCAGCGUUGACGUCGAGACCAUCACCUCUUGCGCUCCCUCGGUGACCAACUGCCCUGCUCGCUCGUCCGCCACCGCUCCCGCCGCCGUCAGCUCUGGUGUCUCUCCCGUCUCGGUCGCUCCUGCUCCCAGCAAGGCCGUGACCUCCUCUGCUCCCGCCGUGCCUGCUCCCGUCAGCACCAGCACCACCCUCAGCCCUGUUGCUCCCUACCCCGUCUCCUCGGCUUCCUUGAGCACCUCCGUCAUCACCGUGACCACCUGCGUGCCCACCACCAGCCUCUCCACCAUCACCUUCACCGCCACCCCCACUCCUGUCGUCCCCGUCGGCACUGGCUCUCCUAAGCCCGUCAGCUCCAGCACCGCUGUUCCUGGAAAGUCCACCACCACUCCCAGCUCCCCCAAGUACACUGGUGCUGCCAACGCUGUCAGCGGCUCCAUCAUGAUGGCCGGUGCCGCCGCCGUCGUCGCCGCCGCCGUCUUCUUGGCUUAA